AUGGUUUCUCUUGAAUUGGACCGCGACCACCGCGAAGACGCUCCGUUUCUUGACACCCCUGAGUCCGCCUCCCAUGCCGAGAGCAAACCGGCUCAUCCAGAGCGUAAUGCGGCACCCAGCACGAUUACCUUCCGGUUGAAGGUGAUCCUGUUCGCGAUGGUGCUGGCUGUCGAAAUAGGAUUCUCUUUUCUCGAUGGACCCAUGGUUCGCAUCCUCGAAUCUAUCGCUUGUCGGCAAUACUAUACCGAGGCGGAUCCCUCGCAGAUCGGGGCAAAUGGACAGGUUCCGGAAUCCUUGUGCAAGAUUAGUGAGGUCCAAGCGGAGCUGGCGGCAGUCAAGGGAUAUCAUAUGUUCUUUGAUGGGUUAUUGAGCGCGCUUAUGGCUAUUCCGUACGGUCUGCUGGCAGAUCGGAAGGGGCGCAAAUCGACCCUCGCCUGGGGAAUUCCUGGCUUCGCUAUUAACUCCAUAAUAACUAUUGUUGUUUUGCGGUUUUCGAAUAUCUUUCCGCUGCGGGCGGUCUGGGUAUCCUCCCUAGCGUGGUUGAUUGGGGGUGGCCCGGUCGUGGCAUUCGCGAUCAUUUGGACCAUGAUGGCUGACGUUACUACCGAGCUGGAGAGAGCCGAACUGUUCUUCCAGUUUGGCAUUGUCUCUAUGGCAUCCGAGUUCAUUUCCGGGGCCUUUAGCUCGUAUUUGAUGGCCAUGAAUCCAUGGGUACCAUUCCUUAUCGGUUUCGGUAUCGUACACAUUGGUCUAAUGUUCAUUCUUCUUCUGCCUGAGACGAUGCAUGCCAUUCCAUCCCGGAAUCUCGAGCCCGAGCCAUCCCCUGUGGAGAUGUCCGAGCUGUCCGACGCUGAACCCAAGCCUCAGUUUUCAAACCAGGGGCAGUAUCACGAUGAAAGCUCCGUCGACGUGGCUUCCGGGCACCACGAUCACUUGACCUGGAGUUAUCCGUCCCAGCAGCGUCACACUUUUUGGGCGAAGUGCCGAGCUAAAUACCAGUACUAUAUGAAGCCAUAUCUCUUCAUCUUGAACCGUAAGCCUGUCAUUCUCCUCCUGACUUCAUUCUUGGUAUAUCGGCUCAGUCGUGGCUCUUCGUGGUUCCUGUCACAAUAUAUCUCGACACGCUAUCAUUGGACAUUAGCCCAGGCCAAUAUGCUCGUCUCCUCCCGGCCAACCAUCUCCAUCCCAGUGUUCCUAUGGGUUUUGCCUUGGCUCAAGCGCCGUGUGCUGAGCCCUCGAAAGACAGCCACGGAGAAGGACCUUUGGCUGGCUCGUGCAAGUAUUCUCUUUCUCACAGUUGGAACGCUGGGCAUUGGACUCUCGCCUUCCAUUGCCACGUUAGUCCCCGCUAUGAUCAUCCAAACGUCAGGAUCGGGCUUCAUGUUCCUCGCCCGAUCUAUUGUAACGACCCUAGUCGAGCGCGACGAGACCGCUCGUCUGUAUACGGUGAUUGAAAUCCUCCAGUCCGUGGGCAACAUUGUCGCCAGUCUCUCUAUCACGGGUGUCUUCCAACUCGGUCUCCGACUGGGUGGCUUUUGGAUCGGUCUGGCUUGGAUGAUGACUAGUACGCUGUUUUGCAUGGUCGGUGCCGCCAUUUGGUGGUUCAAAUUACCGCCAACAUCUACACCCCGCGUCCCGGAAUUUGUGGUAGGGGGUUUUGAAGAAGAUCCAUGA